AUGCAGCCAGAAUCUGGAGCUGGGCAGGGACACUUGGGUGUCCCAAGGUUCGUGAGGCCCUAUCAAGGGUUAGCAAGUCAAGUGGGAGAAAGAUCCCCAUGGGGUCACGGGUGCAGGCCAAGUUUCCUAAAGGAGGUGGGGCCUGAGGCCCUGGAGGAUGGGCAGAUUUGGAGAGAGAGAGAAAAAGAGGAGGGCAGGGUGGGGAGGGCCUCUGACCAAGGCGCUCACCCAGCCAAGGUGGGGUUAGAAUAUGGCCCCCUUUUCCUCCCCUGGGGCCAGGAGGCAGUCCAGGGAGUGACCAAGGGCACGUGA